GGAUGGGCCGGCCGGCCCCGGGGGUGAAGCGGGGGCCUCGCCAAGUGCGACGGCGUCCUCGCGCGUCGUGUGGGUGGAGCCGCCCCAGAAUGGCACGACGGCGCGGGGUAAGAGAAGGAAACGCAAAAGACAGAGGUCGGCAAAUGGUGAUCAGUGUUGCAAAGAGCAUGUCGCAAUGGUAGCCACGACCACGUCAGAGACUCCAGGAGAGUCCUCAACCGCAGCUUUCCCCUCAAAGGCGCCCGCCCCAAAGCCAUCAACCCCUGUGCCACCUGCAGCAAGUUCUGCUCCGUCCUCAGUGCCAAACGCAGACGCCCCGUCGCCCUCCCCAGUGCCACCGCAAGAGCUGACUUCGCCACCCCCGGGACCCCCGGGAGACUCUGUGCCGCUAUCCUCAGCGCCACGCGAGGAUCACCUAGUGUCGCAUCCUGACACAGAAGCGUCGCCGUCGACUCUCCCGCCUACGGCUGGUACAGGAGAGACCACAACGCCAUCACCCAAGACAAAAACCUCCCAAAAUAAGCCAAGCAAGUCCAACCAGAAGCGCAGGGGCAGAGCGCGCCCGGCGGGCGAGGCGAGCACGUCCACGACGACGGAGCGCCCCACCAAGCAGUUGUUCCCAAGCUGGGGCAAGUACUACGACCUCUUUGGGGAGCUCGCUAGGCUGUACGGCGCAGAAAAGUAUCUGAAUCAAGACAGAGCGGCUGAGGGCACCGAGGAAGUCGCAGAUAAACAUGGCACCACAAGAAAAAGGACAAAAGAGAGAUCACGCAAUACAAGAAAGAGGGUGAGAAAACCCGAACUAGAAGAUGUAGCAGAAGAGCCACGGAGAGUCAGCGCUCUAGAAGUCGGCGAUCACAUCAACCCCGUCUCACAAGCGACUUCGAAGACUUCCAAAGACAAGAGGAAGGCGGGAAAGAAGAGCAGAGGGUCGCCGUCAAAGGGCGAAGGUGAGCCGUCGACAGUGCGGGGUAAGCUACAUGACGGCGACAUGUCCUUGGAUGCCUUGGAGCAACUUACUUCAGAAACGCCGACUUCUACUCUCAAAAGACAGAGAAAGACGCUAUCCAAUAGAAAGAGGCCUGUGGGUAGAGGCAGCACUUCGGAGACAAACGACGGGGACACGGACGCGUCACUGGAGACAGACGAGGAAACAUACACCCGCGUGACGCAAAAGUCACGGAAUACUCAGCGCAAGUCGAGCAGGGGGAAUGGGUCCACCGCCAAGGGGUCGUCGUCGGGAAAGAGCGGCGGCGCGCAGAGGCCACACGACGGGGACAUGUCGUUGGACUCGGAGGCGACACACGACCAGGACGUCGUGGCGCGGUCCAGUGAGGAGAUGUCGUCAACGCCGGAACAUCUCCGCCUGCCCGCCGAUCUAGAACCCUACGAGCUGGCGGAGCUGGUGAACCGAGACUUUGACGACCUGGUCGCCGAGGACAAACAAGAAAUGGCAGAGCUGGCAAGCGACGACGAGGCCGAGUCGCGCGAACUAGACGCCGAGGACGCCGAGGAGGACCGCUUCAUGGCAGAGCAGGACGCCGACGACCCCGAGGCGGGCGAGAACCCGGAAGGCGCCAGCAGUCAGGAGGUGUACAUCAGCCCGCACGAGAACCCCCCAGAGCCGGCCACCAGGCCCAACUACACGCACGAGGGCAUGUGGGCCCACCCGCCCCCAGAGAUCGGCAUUGACUUUAUCCCCCAACAGAGCUUUACACAGGUGCGGCGCUACGAGACGGUGAGCCACCUCAGCCCGGAGGACGCCCUAGCCGAGGCCACCAACGAGGAGGAGUACGCCAACGCACCCCGCCUCCGAGAGGCCAUCUCGCACCGGAAGACUGUGGAGGUGUACAGCGAGGAGGGCUACGAGGACGCCGGCUACGACCACGGCGGCUACAACAAGGCGGGCGAACACCACGAGGUGGUGCCCGGCUACGAGGCCACGGCCAUGAUGGUCAAGAUGCCCGACGAGCACGACGACCACGGCGACCACGAGGGCGAGGGCGACACCCGCGAGGAGUACGUCCUAGAGCCCGAGGGGGCGGGUUCGCAGACCCGCGGCAGCAAGGUGCGGGCAACCAGCACGGCGGCGCCGCGGAACAGGACGCGGCACGGCGCCAACAAGGUCACGAAGGGCUCAUGGGGCAUCACUCAGGUGGUCAAGGACGACGACGACAAGGUUAAAGUUUUAAGUGAAGGAGGCAACAUUACCAGUCCGACGACGUUGCGACCCAACAGACUCCAGGGAGGGCGGUACGCGGCGAAGCACACCGACAGCGCGUCCUCGACGACCCCGUCGGCCAACAGGACGGCGACGGUGGCAGCGCCGACUGCAGCAUCGCCUGCCAGCAACGUGGUCCGGCCACCGCCGGCAAGCACCGUUGCGUCCACGAACGUGGCUCGGGAGCCGACCACCCCGGCGCCUGACCGGAGCAAGCAAAGGCGCCCCCCAACGCGACCAAAAAGGCCGAAGAAACCUAGAAAGAAAAACAAAAAUGUGUCAAAAAUUCCUUCGCAGCUGCUCGGUUUCAAAUAUCCCGCGGAGAGAAAGAAGCCAAAGGGUACCGGGAAGAAGAACAAUAGUCCGCUGGCCAAGGCCAAGCGGAAGCGGAAGAUGAAAGAAAGGGAGAGAAAGAGGCAGAGGAUCUCUAAGCUAAGGGCCGAGAGGGCGAGGAAGAGAGCGAAGCUGCAAAGCAACAAAGACUCAAGCAAGAGUGACAAGUUGACCGCCAGGCCUGUGAAGGAGGCCGACGAGCUCCAAGGGAAGCAGAGUCGUUUUGAGAAGCAGCCCAGUGAGGGCAGUAAACUUAGCUCCCCACUAGCCAAUGACAUCCCUCACAGCAGAAACGACAAGAAGCACGAUCCGGCUCUCUUCCCCCACAAACUAAUAGAGACGCUACGUAAUAAGCCCGAGUUCGACAUUUUCUCCGACAAGCAAAACACGCCAAAGUUAGACGAAAGACCUUGGGGCUACUUAAGUAAUAUCGAUAACCUGCUCAGCCCUCCCAAAACUCCGACGUCGCCAUGGGCAGGUAAGCCAGCCUGGGCAAGCCUGACGGACCUUGCCACACCAACCCAGCGUCCCGACAUGGGGCUCACGUUCCCUCAUCGGCACCCGGAGAGGUAUGGCGGACCGCCCUUUGGCCGCCAAACACCCACGCCCUCAUCAAGCAAAGCAGCACUCCACGGUACAGUGGUGGCGCCCAGGCAACCCGGAAAAGUGACAUCCGCGGUGGUGGAGACUUCUGAACGCAAGAACCUGAACAAGAACGUCAUGGACGUGGUGCACAGCACCAGGCCGAGCCCGGCGCCGCCCGCCCCCGAGUACGACUGGCCCAGCCACCAGUCGGACGCGCUGAGCUACUUCUCUCCCUACGUGGGGUGGCGCGGCGCGCAGCAGCCCUUCUUCCCGUUGGACCAGAGGCCGGCGGGCAGCGCUAACGUGGAGGCCGACAACCUGUACGAUACGGCCUUCGCCCCCAUGCAGCAGCGCAUCGACGAGCUGCACGACAGCAUCGGGCCCCGGCUACGGAGGGCCGCCCCAGACCGCUCUCCGCUGUUCGGCGACAAGCUGAGCGCCAAGGCCAAGCGGUCCAGCGCCUUCCCCAAGACGGAGGCCACUCAACAGCUGGAGGCGCGAGCGCUGGCGGUGCUCGGCGCGCUCCUCCCCAGCACGAUCAAGUACGUUGCGCCCGUCGUCCAGGUCACCGACAAGAAGGCCCCCGACGCACUGCACAGGCCCGACAAGAUUAGGCUCAUGAUGAACAUAGGCAAGUGGCGGGCGCAGGCCAGGUCGACCAACGGCAGCAUCGCAACGCCAGACGCUGGGCACCAUUCCACGGCCAUCAACGGGAGCGCGGCACAGAGCACCAACUCGACACAGGCACCCGUCAUCAGGCAGCCCUUGGUGGACAGCAACAUCACGCUACAUGUGAACAGGACGCACGGAGCAGUGACUGAGCAGGGCGCUCUCAACGCUUCACCCGCGGCUACGCAGGGCGCGCACAAAGCUGCACCCGCGGCUGAGCAGGGCGCGCACAAAGCUGCACCCGCGGCUGAGCAAGGCGCACACAGAGCUGCACCCGCAGCUGAGCAGGGCGCGCAGGACGCGGCAUCCGCGGCCUCGUCGCCAGAUGGCGAGGUGCUGACGACACCCCUUCCAACAGCGUCCGAGCCCGAGAUGGCAGACACGGCCGAACGAACUGUCGACAAGACGACGCACAGGUACGAAGACAACGACGACGUGACAGACGACAGCCACGACGCAGCCACCACCGACGAGGACGACGACACGGAAGAGACAACAGAAGUACCAGAGCACGACGAGAAUGAUCCGGAAUGGGUGCACGACGACGACGAAGACGACAACCACGACGGCGGCGGCACCGGGGCGGGGGCCGACAAGGGUGACGCGGCUCCCGCGCCCGCACGCCCCAAGCCCAGCUACACGGUGCCCUACCAGGCGCGGCCCGUCGUCGACCAGCGCAAGUACCCGUUCUACCGCGCGCCAGAGUCCGACCGCUUGACGAGCUACACGCCGCUACGGUACGCCACCAACCCCUACGAUGUGCCCGUCAAGUCGGAGGGCGGCAUGGAGUUCUACGAGUCGCGCGACCGCCUGGUGCACUGCGACGGCCCCCGCCAGCCCAGCAACGUGGUCCCCGAGCGCGCUGAGGACGGCGCCUGGAACGAGCGGCCGCAGCCCGACGGCCCCCGGCUGGGCUCGCUCGGCGAUGUCAUCGGCUGCAUGAGGAAGAAGCUCUUCGGCGAAAACCCCCUGGACAACCCCUUCUUUCAGGAGACGUCUGUCGGCUUGCCGCAGGAGACAGCCUUGGUAGGGCUCGUCGUGGACGCGGCGGGCACUCCAGCGCCGGAGAUGUUCGACAAGUACGGCUUCUAUCGCGACAUCAUGGCGAGCAUACAGGGCGCCGAGUCGGCCGGACCGCUGCGCCCCGACUCCGCGGAGGUCGUCAACCGGCCGUACAUACGGACAGGGGCAGAGGCGUUCGACAGCGCCGAGGCGCCCUCCUCGCCCGGGAACGUACGGGUGGCGUACGCCGUGGACAAGGACGGACUGGGCACCGUGCACAAGCACAAGCCGCCCGUCGUGCUUAAGGACAGACCGGGCCCCGUCCGCAAGGCCAAGCCGGGCGUUGUGCUCGAGGACGCUCUUGGGGUCAUUCACUCCAGCAGAAAGUUUGCACCCGGACCUUCCAAGCACUUGGCCGCGCACAGCAAGAAGCUUUCGGAAGCUCCAGCAGUUCAGCAGUCACGGGGACCUCUGCAGACUGUUAGACUGACCCCUCCCGACAAAACGACAAAACAACCUACACUUAAAACUGACUCUGACGAUGGACCAGCUAGGAUACAACUGCUGCAGCACCAGCUUCAGGACAGUGGUGAGGAGGGAGAGCGCGGGGACAGCGACGAGGGUAGAAACAAAGACAUGGAGGACGGAGAUACUACCUCCGAGGACUCACAAUCGGUAGAAUACUACGUGGCCAUGGACGGAGAGGCGGUGCCCUCCCCGGCGGGGAAAAACACAAAGGACGGCAAACGGCCAAAGGGCUUCAGGGAGAGCAAGCUUGCGAAGUCGGGCGAGAGCAAACAGGGCAAGAAGAACGUCAUGUAUCACAACAUAGUGCGCGCCAGCACAGCCAGCGAGCAGGUCGCCGACAGCGAGGAGCAGGCUAGCACUGAUAUGGAACAGAAAUACAACGAGGCACUGCACAACUCCAAGAAGGUAACGGAUGCGAGAAACGAGAAGCUGAAAAAAGAGAUUCAGACCAUGGCAAAGAAGAAACCGCUCCCGCCAAUAUCGAAAUCGGUGCUUAAAUCACUCGAGAGCGCAGAGGUGCCUCUGGAGCAAUUUCUACGUAGCCCGAAGCAGCAGAGUAAACAUGAUACCAAGGCGGGGCCCGCUGUAUCAAGAGAAGCGAGCGACAAGACGCCGAGCAAAGGGCAACCAGCGAAGAAAAAUACUAAUAAAGACGCAAAGCCGUCUCGCCCAGACUUUGACGAGGAUUUGUACGACAUCGACGUGUCAGAGUCGUCCGACUUUAUUCGGCCUAAGGGCGCAAACAGCAGCAAAGCCAGCGGGCCAGUGUUCUUCGCCGACCACAAGAAAAAGGGCGACAACGAGGGAUUCCAUGAGGUUAAAACUUUUUCAUACUCAAUACCCAUGGAGGACGGAGAUUUUGACGGGGAAUACAAGUUAGUACGUCUUUAG